AUGGAGUUAUUGGACGCACGAUUACUCAAGGCUGGCUUGUCAUGGACCCUGAUCUUCGCUGUCUCAUCGAUGGUGUUGGGACCAUCGUUCCAGUGCGGAUACAAUCUGGGCGUCAUCAAUGCCCCGCAGAAGGUAUUCGAGGACUUCUAUAACAAGACCUACUACGAUCGUACUGGUGAGCCGAUGACAGAUGGCAUGCUCAAUCUUCUCUGGUCAUUCUCUGUCGCCGGAACGGCGGCAGGUGGCGUUUUCGGCGGCAUGAGCACUGCGUUUAUGACGGACAAGUUGGGCAGGAAGCCAACAAUAUUGCUGAAUAACAUAUUGGCUCUCGUAUCCGCAGCACUGUUUAUAUUCUCUAAAAUGCUCUCUUCCUUCGAAAUGAUCAUCGUCGGCCGAAUUCUGAUCGGUAUACACGCAGGGCUGUCGUCCGGCGCAGUACCACUGUACAUAGUGGAGAUCUCGCCGAAGCACCUGAGAGGAGCCAUGGGUACCAUGCACCAAGCUGCUGUCGUCAUCUCCAUCCUCAUCUCACAGAUCCUCGGUCUUCCACAGUUGCUAGGCAACGAGGAGCUUUGGCCCUAUCUAUUGGGUGUCUGCGCUCUGCCAGCUAUAUACAAUCUGCUGACAAUGGGUAUUUUCCUACCGGAGACGCCACGAUAUCUUCUCUUUGCCAAAAACGACGUGAAAAAGGCAGAGAGUGCGCUGAUGUACUUGAGAGGCAAAUAUUACUCAAGUACCGAACUGUAUGAAAUCCAUGCUCUGGCUAGAGAGCAAAAGGAUGUUCCGACGACGAACUGGACGUAUCUCUUCAGGGAGCCGCAUCUCAGGAAGCCAAUGUUCAUUAGCAUCGCAAUUCACUUAGCGCAGCAGUUGUCCGGCGUGAACGCGGUUGUUUACUACUCCACGUCCAUAUUCAUAACGGCUGGCUUAGCUGAAACCAGCGCCGUUUAUGCUACGAUAGGACUAGGCACUGUCAACAUGCUGUCGACGUUUGUGUCCGUCUACCUCGUCGAACGAUUGGGUCGCAGUGUCUCUGCACAGAUGGGCUCAUACGUUUUUCUGAUCUUUGCCGGAUGUAUCGCACUUCUCAUCACCUACAUAUUCUUCACGCUACCGGAAACGAAAGGAAAAACCAUCGAAGAGAUCAGCGCUGUGUUUAUGAAAGCGGAACCGCAGAUGAGUGGCGUGGGUGAAUAUGACAAUGAAGGGUUCACUCAUUAUGACUCUCGAACCGCAAAACUAGGAACAAAGCGACGAUUGUCAAUGCAAAAGUCAGUUAGCCAGGUGAUCUGA